AUAUUUUAUUUACUCCCGAAAACCCCAAGAUGGCCGCCGUGAAUGUCUCGGUCCCAUAGCAGAAAUUUAAGGAUGCAAGUAAGCUGCCGUGAAAACAACUUUUCCCCGACCGUCGAGUUCAAGUCGUAUGGUGCGGAGGAGGCCCUGACAUCCGUCUAAGAGCACCUCCGCGAAACCUUCUUCAAUCCAACAAAAAUUGUGGAAGUAGUUUCGCGAAGUCUUCUUCUUCUUCUUCCUCGCUGUCGCUGCUGUCUUGUCCGGAGAGCGAGAGGUUUCAAAAGCUCAUCCACCAAAUGGCCGAGCCGAGAAAAGUGCAAUUUGUCACCCUCUCGGCCUUCGCAGCGGAGUCGUCUAGGAAACGCCGGCUGGAGGAGGAGGAUGAGGCCGACUUUAACUUCGCUAGAGCCGGAAAAGAGGAGGAGGUCGAGGCGGCAGCGACCGGAGCAGGAGGUGCUGCUGCCAGCAACGGUCGCUGCCUCGUCGUCGGUAGAACCGUUGACAGCAUGGAGGAGAAGAAGAGGACGACGACGACGACGACGGUGCGGCUCAACCUGUCUCUACCGGAGCCCGACGACCGCUCCUCCGCAGAGUUUAAUUACGGCGAACUCAUCCAAAACAUCCAGGCAAAGAAAAAUCCUCCAAGUCUGACUUCAGCCCACAACCCCAACGACCCCUUCAACGAUGACGAGAGACAGCGGCUCCAGGUCGAGGCCAUGGCAAAAAAGUUUGAAAAUAAAUAUGGUAACACAGAAAAGAAGAAGAAGAAGGACCGAAUGCAAGAUUUGAUUGAUAUAGGCUUUGGCUACGACGACACAGACCCCUUUAUCGACAACUCAGAAGCUUAUGAUGAGCUGGUUCCUGCCUCUUUGAGCACAAAGCUGGGGGGAUUUUACAUCAACACUGGCACGCUGCAGUUCAGAGCGGCCUCCGACUCCGAGGGAGAGGAGGACAAGAAACCGAACGACAACAAGGAACAGGUGAAUAAGAAGAGGACAAAGAAGGAAGUGAACAAUCUGGAAGAGAAGAACCCGAAGAAGAACAGAGUACCUAAACAAGGAGUGGGAGCCCUCAACCUUCACCGGCCGGAGAAGAAGAAGAGGAAGAAGCUGAUGAAGGACUCGCUGUACCUGGCGGCCAUGCUCCGCCGCUUCACACGGGAGGAGGACAUGAGGAAGAGAAACCCGAACAUGGCUCACCCUGGCUUGGCAGGCGGUGCGGCUAACAAGCCCCACUCCAUCAACUCAACGAACCACCCGUUAGCCUCUAACUCCACCCACCCGCAGGGCAACACAGCCAGCAGCGACCUCUCACUGGCAGACCUCGCCUCGGACCCCGCUGUGAUGUCACUGCUGGGCUCGGCCAAUGAGAAGGAGCUGCAGGAUCUCCUAGGUGACCUGGACUUCAGCGUGUUGGACACUGACCAGCAGCACGCCAUGGUGGCGGCCAGGGAGAAUGGCAUUUUGGGAGUCGGUGUUCCGGUUCCUAAAGCAGCAGCAGCAGCAGCAGCAGCAGCAGCAGCAGCAGCAGCAGGAGGAGGUGGCCAGGGGCGAGGCCUGGGGUCUUCCAGCGGACUCUUCUCUCCGCCUCUGCUGCCUGAUAGACUGCCUGCUCCUCUUAUUAAACGCAUCGAGGACCUGCGGGCGGCCUCGCGGCAGUUUGAUCAAGAGGGCAGGAAGAAAUUUUUCACCUUGGACAUGAAUAACAUUCUCCUGGACAUUGAGCUGCAGGUCCAGGAGCAGCCUCCUGCGGUGCGCUCAGGCAUCUACUCGCACAUGGAGGCAUUUGUGCCGUGCAACAAAGAAGCCCUCCUCAAACGCCUGAAGAAGCUCAGUCUCAACAUCCAGGAUGAUCGCCUACGGACGCCGCUGUUGAAGCUGAAACUGGCAGUGUGUAGUGUGAUGCCAGAGCAGAUAGCCAGAUACAACAUGGACUGCAUGGCAAAGGUUGCAAAGCAGCAGUCAGAAGAGGGCGAUAAGAACGGCUCAGAGGAGGAAGAUGAAGAGAAGCCUGGGAAAAGGGUGAUGGGCCCGCGGAAGAAGUUUGUCUGGGAUGACAAGCUCAGGAACCUGCUGUGCGGCUUGGUGCGAGUGAAGCUGAGCUGUUAUGAGAUGGAGAACCAGUGCUCUCUGUCUGUGGAGGACUACCUCAAGGCCUUCUUAGAGAAUGAGGUCAAACCACUAUGGCCCAAGGGCUGGAUGCAGGCCAGGAUUCUGCUCAAGGAGAGUCUUGCUGUUCACAGUCACCUCACUGGAAACUUAGUCAAAAGGAGAAUGGUGCCUGGGCCCAAGGCCAAAGCCAAGGAGGGUCUUUGGAUCCACAAACCACCUCUCACCAUGACCUCCAACCCGUCUCUGCCCACCUCCGCAUCCGCUCUGACCUCCAACCGCCAGCCCCCCUCUUCCUCCUCGCCCCCAGAGCCCAUCUGUCUGUCGGACUCACUGGAUGAGGAUCUGACUGCUCCCUCUCUGGACUCUAUCUCCCACGCUCUGGCCCUACUCAGUAAUGCAUCUAAGGGCCUUGGCUUCUCAGAUAGUCCCUUGUCGCCUCCACCCCUGCAAAUGCCCACCUCCUCUCCUCCCCCCGUCACCCCUCAUUACCCCUCAGCCUCUCAGCUCUCUGCCUCGAUCGCAUCCACAACGCACCAACAUUCCCUUUCUAAAGUGGAGACCGCUCCGCUGGCGUCUGCUGGGAACUUGCCAACAACAACAACAACGCUACCAACCUCCUCUUCUACCUCCUCUUCCUUGUCUCCCGCCGUUUCCUCCUUGGCUCGUGUGCAGGCAGCAGGCCUGUCGCUGGCCUCCAGGACUGCAGAUGGUCCCUACGGCUUGAUUAAAGGAUCUGGCACCAUGGGCCAAACCCAGACUCAGAGACUUGUUACCAUGGUAUCAUCCAAUCACAGGCCAAGCUUGGUGAUGGGCGGGAGUGGAAAGAUGCAUCCACACCCGUCCCCAUCGCCUCCGAAGCAGCGGCCUCCUCCCACGGCUUCCCCUCUGCUGCCCCCCCAUCAGAAGGGCUUUGUUAGCCCGGCUGGGAUGCUUGGAGCUAUGGGAGUCCCUCAAGGACUGGCCAAGAGCAGUGCCAAAGCCAGCAGCAUCAGCAGCAACGGCAGCGUGAGCAGCAGCAUCACACCUUCUUCCUCCCCCUCCUCACUGUCCCGCUCCAACUCUACCACCCACCCUGGCCUGCAGUCCUUCUGCCUUCCCUCUCUGGUGGCCUCCUCGCCGUCCCCCACCUCCCACACCUCCCACUCCUCUCAAGGUAAAUCCCACACCCACCACCACCACCAGGCCAACUUCAUCACGCCCAUGCAGGCCACCCUCACCAAGUCCUCUCACAGCAGCAACUCCUCUCCCAUCAUCAAACUCACCCCUCGCCCUCCUGCGCCCACCCCACCUCCCUCCUCCUCCCCCUCCCCGUCAUCCUCACCCUCACCCUCACACCCGCUCUCCCAUCAGAUGAUCCCCAGCCAACAGCACCAGUACUCCCCCAAAACCCCCAAAACUUUUCGGCCUCCCUUCAGUGUAUCGGGCGGCGGGCAGGUGAAGCAGGCGCAGGGAAGCUACAGCUUCGCUGGAGGCCAGAAAGCUCAGUCCACCAUGAGCAACAGUAGCAUCAACAACAACUCCAUUAUCAACAAGGGAGUGAUAUCAGCUGUCUGCAGUCGCCCAGACAAAACUCUGUCCCUGUCUUCUGCACCUUCGGUCUCAGCCAAUCACGGGCAGAGGCAGAGGGUGGUGGGCGGGGCUAACCAGAGCUCAAAGGCAGGAAACGGUUGGGCGGCUUCAGGAACUUUGGCCACGUCCUCCACAACGUCACACCUCUCACAGGUAUCAACAGCAGGUUCCCUGCUGGGCAGCCCCUCCACUCUGCCCCUGGGCUUUGGGAUGUUGGGAGGCCUGGUGCCCGUCUCGCUGCCCUUCCAGUUUCCCCAGUUGCUCAAUUUUAGCCCUUCCGGAGCCCCAGGGGUCGCUGGCAUGGGCUCAGUCCCCAGCUCCAACUCAGGAUACACCCUAGCACAGAGCGACCUAAUGGAUCUGUAUAAGAGUCUCCAGUCAGGGUCGCAGGCUGCCCUACCUCCUCACUUGCAGCUUGCUUUCUCAGAUGCGAACCAAAGCCAGGGUGGAGACAUGAAGAGGAAAUCCCACUGACCAAUAACGGCGCAGGAGGCCGACACCAGCGGGGUGUCAUCACAGCCUCCUGGACGCAUCCAACAAUAGGAAUCUUCACUUUGAUUGACUGACGCAGUGAGGUGGUAUGAGGGGGCGGGGCUCCUUUUUAAAACGGACCUAAAGGAGAAUCGGUUUAUCCUCGCUACAAAUGGCAAUGAUGAAUUAAUUUAACUGUAUUUUCUAAUGAACCGGGUAUGAGAACAAGACAGAGUGAAUGACGAGAACACUUUUUAUUUUUGUUCCGCUUAUUUUUUUAUUUUUUUGUCAACAUGUUUACAUAUGACCGACCUUGAUCACUGUGGAAUGAGUGUGAGCGAGGUGGUGGUACAGAUGAGAGUAGUAGUACGCUACGUAAUAUAAGUUGUAUUUAAGCUUAUGUGGAAUAACAAGACUCUUGUUCUUGCAGUACAAAAAGAAAAAAAAAAAAAACAGACUUGAGUAAUGAAUUUUUAUUUUUCUGUCUUUUUGUCUCAGAUGUGGGAAUCAUCGUGUCCGUAGAAAUUUUAUUGUUGGUCACUUCUGCUCCCACAAAUGACUGUUAAGUAGUAGCUUAAAUUAAUAUUGAUAAAUUAUUUGUAAUUUACACAGGGACAAAAACAUGUGUGUGAGUGAGAGAGUGAGAGCGGUGAUUUGAAUGUGUGUAUGUACAUAAAAAAAAACACAAUAUACUGUUAAUCUCUUUCCAGAUUAUUCUGUAUGAAUGGGUAAAGACGUGUAUCCCCUUUUCACAAUAAUGAGCGAGUGUAAGUUUGAUGCCCCUCUCUUGCUCAGUGUGUUUUUGGUGCUGUUUAAUCACACUGGACCUUUUCUGGAAAAAAGACUUGAAUUGAAAAAGUUUUGGGCUCCUCUUCUGAAGAGCGGAGCCGCCUGUGAGAGAGGGGAGAAACGUCAAGAUUGUAGCCUACUUGAAUUUAGUUUUUUUUUUUCUUUCUUUUUUAUUUUUAAGUGAGUUAAGAUUUUUUUAUUUACUUUCUCUGCUUAUUGACUCGAACCAACUUAAUAUAA